GCAUAAUCUCACCGCCGAGUUGCUAAGAUUGUGUUCACCAUGUUGGAUCAACUGCUCAUCUCAGUUGCUUUGUAAUCAAUUUAUCAUCUCAGUGGCAUGUCGUUGGCCCGAAAAGUGAAGGUACCACUGAGGGGAUUUGUUGUCCUCGGCCGAAAGCAACAGGGCUCACCGACAACAUCACAAGGACGGCUAUUUUGAUGUGGAGACACGGUUGCCUAUUAGCUAGCUCCGAGCUGUCAGGUUGAAUAUCCGACUGUCUCGCGACACAAGCAGCAAGGUAAUUUAUCCUGCAUUAAAAAUAAAUAUAGAACUUUUCUUGGCAUGGUUGCUAAGUAUCUCUGGAUGUGAGGUUGUAAAGGGAGCACAGAAAGAAACAAACUGACCACAGAACUGUCGCCGGGGGACUCAAGUUGACUGAGGAACCGACUGUGAGGAUUCCUGCUGUAAUAUUUUGAGUUAUGGUCGCGAGCUUCGUCACCCGUCAGGAUGAUGGGGGUUUCUAGCUAAACGGGCGGUUCGGUGGAUCGGCGUUGUAAUAUGUAAGUAGCGUGGAUGGCGGUGGCCUGGGCCUGCCUGCUUGCCUGCGUCCGCUGUUGUGUUGUCGCCUGGGCUGGGAUACACCCCCUCUGCACCGGAUCUGCGGCGUUAAUUACGGCCCGGAGAUUACCUCUGUUUACGAACUAGCUACCUGCUUUGCUCACGAAUCGGAAGAGGAAUCUGUUUGGGAUUGUAGAUGCGGUUUCCAAGCCGUGUGGAACCCCCGUGGUGGGAGGAUUUACGGCGCUGGCCCAGAGCGUGUGGAAAACUUGGGCACUUUUAAAGAUGAAUGCUCCGCUUCCCAUGUGACAUGAUUUAGAUGCAGACGGAGAAGCCGCCUCUGUCAUGAGGAACAUCAAAGACCACCAAGUUAAUUUAUUGAGGGGGGUGCGGGUUAUUUUCUACUGAAUAGUUUUUAUUUUAGUUGUGCCACUCAGACUUUUAGACUUUGGUCUCAGCUGUUGGCUCCAGACCUUUGUAGUCUAAUGGUGCACAGACGAGAAAAUUAAUUUCGUGGAAGUCGGCCAGAUCCUUGUGGGCAUUAUGAUGAAGAGACGCAUCAGAGCGUUUUUUAACCCAUGAAGUAUAAAAGUGACUAAUGUCGAGUAAUUUUAAACCCGAAUCUGUUUCUAUAUGAUUUCGGAAAGUUUCAUUGCUGCUGUCUGGUAGCCAUCCUCAUCACUUUCAGAAGCCGCUUCAGAGAGGAGGCUUUCCAGCAUCAUUGGAUGGCUCUUUGCGGCACGACAGCUACAAAUGUCCCGAAAAUGAUGGCUGCUUACAACGGUGGCUCCUCAGCAGUGGCUGCCCAUCACCACCACCAGCUCCAGCACCUUCCGCCUCCCCACAUGCAUCACCAUCACCACCACCACGCGGGCCAGCAUCACUUGCAGCACCCGGGCUCAGCCGCUGCCGUGCACACGGUCCAGCAGCAUGCUUCCACGGCUGCCGCUGCGGCGGUGAUGCUCAAUCCCGGUCAGCAGCAGUCCUACUUCCCUUCUCCCGCCCCCGGACAAGCUCCUGGGCCGGCAGCGGCCGCGGCUCCCGCCCAGGUUCAAGCAGCCGCCGCCGCUGGUGUCAAAGCUCACCAUCAUCACCACCACCAUCAGCAGCAGAGCACGCACCACCUUCCACAGCAGCUGGACAUCGAGCCGGACAGGCCCAUUGGUUAUGGAGCGUUUGGAGUUGUCUGGUCUGUGACAGAUCCUAGAGAUGGAAAGCGAGUCGCCCUCAAAAAGAUGCCCAAUGUCUUCCAAAACCUUGUUUCUUGCAAGAGGGUCUUUCGGGAACUGAAGAUGCUUUGUUUCUUCAAACAUGAAAACGUGCUUUCUGCUCUGGACAUCCUCCAACCUCCACACAUCGACUACUUUGAAGAAAUCUAUGUCGUGACUGAACUUAUGCAAAGUGACCUCCAUAAGAUCAUCGUAUCACCGCAGCCUCUGAGCUCAGACCACGCCAAAGUUUUCCUCUAUCAGAUUCUACGAGGACUUAAAUAUCUUCACUCUGCUGGAAUUCUACACCGAGACAUCAAACCUGGCAACCUCCUGGUCAACAGCAACUGUGUGCUGAAGAUCUGCGAUUUUGGCCUGGCGCGAGUGGAGGAGUCAGAUGAGUCCCGGCACAUGACUCAGGAAGUGGUGACACAGUACUAUCGAGCACCAGAGAUCCUCAUGGGGAGCCGCCACUACUCCAACUCCAUUGAUAUCUGGUCUGUGGGCUGCAUCUUCGCUGAGCUGCUGGGGAGACGUAUUCUCUUCCAAGCUCAAAGUCCCAUUCAGCAGCUGGAUUUAAUCACCGACCUGUUGGGAACUCCAUCUAUGGAGGCGAUGAGGACUGCAUGUGAAGGUGCUCGUGCACACAUUCUCAGAGGACCUCACAAACAGCCAUCCCUUCCUGUUCUGUACACACUGUCUAGCCAAGCAACACAUGAAGCAGUCCAUCUCCUCUGCAGGAUGCUGGUGUUUGAUCCAUCAAAGAGGAUUUCAGCCAAGGAUGCCUUGGCUCACCCUUACCUGGACGAGGGUCGGCUGCGCUACCACACAUGCAUGUGCAAAUGCUGCUACACCACAUCAUCUGGCCGGGUUUAUACCAGCGACUUUGAGCCUGUCACAAAUCCCAAAUUUGAUGAUGGGUUUGAGAAGAACCUGAGCUCUGUGAGACAGGUCAAAGAGAUCAUCCAUCAGUUCAUUUUGGAACAACAAAAGGGGAGUCGAGUACCACUCUGCAUUAACCCUCAAUCAGCAGCUUUUAAAAGCUUCAUCAGCUCCACAGUGGCUCAGCCCUCUGAGAUGCCUCCAUCUCCGCUGGUGUGGGAAUGAAUAGCUGCUGGCGUGUGUCAUCUUUUUUUCCCAUCUGAGAAGCUGCUAAACUGGGAACAAGAAAUCAUCAAAGCAUCUUCUAUCAUCUACGUAGCAUUUCACUGGAGAGCAGGACUCGCAGGUCUGCUGUGUCUAUGCUGGUGUUUGGAGUAAAGGAAGAGGAGUCCACUGAUACUUGCUUUAUGUGUGCAUUAGAGGGUUCGGUGUACAUUUUUAAGUCCCACCUGCUACGAAAGGUUUAACUUCCUACACGUUUGGGCUUCUGCGUUAUUAUGUUCACCUUCCUGCUGCAAAGAGUCUGUAAACCCGACUUUCUUUUUACUAAGACAAUCAAUUGUAUUUGUGUUGGUACAAGAUACUGAAUCUUCCAAAAACAAAUAUCUUAGGUGUAUAAAUUUAAGUUUUUUUCUUUUGUUUGAUUCUUUUUUAGAAGUUAGUUGUUACAAGGAGCCCACCCAUUUCCAGACCAGUCUACAUAUUUGGUUUGUAUUCAUGCUACAUUUAAUUUGCCAAAGAUUACAAUGCAUAAAAAAAAUGAGAUUUUGUUCCCCCAAAAGCUCCAUUUUUGACACCGAAAGAUGAAGUAGAACAUUCAGAGGCUGUUUGAGGAUCUGAUGGAGCAUUUUAUACUUGACAGGUGUCACUACAACUUUAAAAGAAGCUCAACUGUGUGCUUAUGAGCUUUUUAAAUGCUUAUUUAGAUCUCUGCUGGCCAAAUUAAUAGGUUUAUCUUAAGACAGAAGCCAAAAUAUUUGCUGUAUUAAUAUUAUACCUAAUAUGCAGGACCACUUCUGGUUAGUUUUAGUCACGUUUUGUAAGCAAGUUGAUUAUUCAGUCAUAUCCUUUAUUUUCAACUGAACACUCCAAACUUUGUCCUUUUUUACGUCUGAAAAGCUUCAGACGUUUAUUCUACACCAACAACAUGAUAUUUGUAUCUGUGUGUGCGUGUGUGUGGCGGGGGGGAUGCUGUGCGUCAAAUCUGAAGUAUAAUUAUUUCCCAAACAAAACAAACUACAUUUAAUUGAAAACAUGAUGAAUGUGAAUACACGAGGCUGAUAAAAUGCCUGUCCUGAUUCAUGAAAAGUUCAGGCUUUACCUGAGAAGUCCUCCGCUUUAUAUCUGACUGAAGCGCUGAAAACUGAGCUCAGUCGCUUAAAACAAUGUUUUUAUGCUGCUUAUGUUUUGCUGAUGAGUUUUGCUUUGAACUUUAAAUUUUUAACUUUAAGUAUUUCAGUUUAAAUACUUUCACACUACAUGAAUAGGGGUGUAAAUCAAAGUGUGAUCGGAAUACAAUACCAUACAGAUCCAGUGCAUAACAAUUCUACGGAAGCAGAGAGUGGACAUCGUCUUCUCCAGAUAAUGGUUAAUGUAUUUGUAAAAACCACGAUAAAAUAAAAAGAUCUGUCUGGGUUAAACUCCAGGGUUUCCAGUAGCAGGAGGCCAGGAGAAAUCACCUGUAUACCUUCAGUUACUGUAACAGGUUCAGGGUUAUCCAGACCCACCCUCAUCAUCCCUGAUCUAAAGCAAACCAAGCUUGUCAUCUUGUGUUAACCAGUUCGAGCAGGUUGUUAGGAAAUCAUGAGAAAAUUUUAACUUGCUGUUUGAAAAAGAGCUGAUCCCAGAUAACGGCAUUAUUAUUAAUGAGGCUGGUUACUUUCUGCUUCUUUAUGAUUUGAUAAGAGAAUUAAAAAAAUUCUGCCGUAAUAAGAUUUUAGAUUCGGCUUUAUUUAGUUACUAAAAUCAGAACGUGACAUCGUCUCACAACGAUCACUGGAUUCUAAAUCGUUGUUCUGAUUUUAGUCAUUUCUAAUCAACAAAACAAACAAACACAAAAAAAAUCAAAAUCUGAUUUCUUCCUAAGCUCAAUUAGUCAUUUUAAUGAAAAGCAAUCUGUGAUUUUAACAGCAACAGACUGAACCACGUUCUGGAUAUUUAGCUUCAAAAUGUUUACAUCAUCUAAAGGAAAACUGAAAGAAUAAAUUUGUAUUUUGAGCCGUUAAAGCAGGAUAUAGUGUAAACUUUACUCCUGUUUAAUCUCAAACCAAAUAUUUUUACAACUUAAUAUAAUAAUCAGUGUGAACAUAGCCUGAAGUUAUACACCAUACUCACGCCUAGGAUAUCAGCGUUUUCCUCGUCAUAUUAGAAUAAGAUUUUUUUUUUAAUUAGAACAAAGCAGAUAGAAACGAUUCCACGUGAUCUUUUAUAAAUGUGUUUUGUUCGGAUCGAUGCUACUGGAUCAUUGAUCACUGUACAUCGAUGUAUCCUUACACCCCUAUACAUGUACAAGUAUUACUAAGCUUUUAAUAGGCGGUGUAAAGACUGAAGGCCAUUUUUACGCCAUGUUCAGUUCAUCUGAGUUCAUACAACUUAAACCGUAACCACUCACGUUCAGUUCAUUCAUGGCUGGACCAUCGAACCAUCAGCCUAAUUGAAAGCUUUGCUUUUUAAAGUAAUUUGUUUUGUGCUUUUGUGCCUCAGCUUCUUGCUUAGACAGUCACAUUCAGUUCCUCAGCCAAACUCACUUAAUUUUCUCCCAAAGUAAUUAAAGAAAAAAGCUUCUCUGACCUGAAAUAUAUGAAAGUGCUUCUACUCUUUUCUCUUAAGGGCCUCAUUUUGAACUGCGUUCACAAUAUGGUCAGAUGAGCCCUGUUUCCACAGAGUGGUAUGGUUUGGGUCGGCACAGUACGGUAUGGUUAGGCGAGCGUUAGCAAGUCAGACCCUCACUAGGUAGGCAGGGAUUAGUCAAAAUGCCUAGUGUGGCGUCAUACCAGUGUGAUGACCGUGAACAACAAGGAUACAAAAAUAAUUAUUGUUUGCAGGUCAUUUUCUAAGAGAACUUAUUGGUAAGGAGGAGGUGUUUUUAUAUUCGAUUACUUACCCAGAGACUAACUUGCUCCGGAGCAGGUUAAUCGUAUAGCGUAAGUCACCAUGGUGAUUUACCCCGGUAAGGAGGAAACCACUGUCAUAGGACAGAAAACCCCGGUUAACCGUGAUGAGAGAAAAUCCAGCUUCAUAGUCCAGGCCUCUGACUCGUUUGCUGGCAUCUUUGUUGUCUUUUCAAGGUUGAGUAAAUGGUGAAAUGAAACAACUGAACUCUUACAGGGUGUUCUGUUGCCAUCUUUCGUGCUUUGGUCACAAGAAAAGAGACGUUUUUCUGACCCCCAAUCAACGGACUGUAUUGUGACACCAGUAGCUCUGCUCUAACCAUGCUGUACCAUUUUCCUGUGGACCUACAACUGAACGGAGGCCUGAAAUGGUAGCUUUUGGUCUAUUUGGAUAAGUCUCUUUUUUUUUUUUUUUUUUUUUUUUUUUUAAUAGAGCCCCGUUUUCACCAAGGGAUCCAGCUCAGGACGGGACAGUUUGGAGUGGCUUGUCUGGCAAAACCCUGAUCUCUGUUGCCUUUUUACCAUCAACCCUACCCUUACUGAUUAGGCGGGGUAUGAUAGUGAUAGCUGCAUCAGCUACGCAAUAGCAUCACGUCAAAGUAAUGCAAUGCCUUCUUUUAAUUAUAACAAAGAAGAACGCAACACAUAAUCAAAGCGGGAGAAUGGUGGACAUACAGCAAUUUGUGUUCUUUCUUCUUGGCACAUGGCUUUAAACCCACUGUGCUGUUCCUGCUUUGUUCUUAUUGCUGAGUCGCAAUAUAGUGAUGAUUCUUUUGAUCAAUUGACAAUUGCAGUGUAAGAUUGGGACCCCAAAGAAAGGAUACCAAAAAAAUAGGAUGGGUCAGACUGGAUAUUUUGGCACCCUUCCCAGAUUUUGCCUGUGGAAACAAAGAAAAGAAUGCAUACCAGCCUGUCCUGAAUGAGAUGGAUUCGCUGGUAGAAACGGGCUAAAAUAGAGUACCUUCCCAAACUGUAUCGCUCUGUGGAAACGGGGUAAUAGACAUCCCAGGUAGAGUUUAAUAAUCAGAUGCGGCUCUAGUAAGGAGUCCAGUGCCAGUCCCAGGAAUUCACCAUGCCAAACAUAUCUUAACAGUCGCUACGCCAUAUCAACAAGAUUUAACUGGUAAGUUUAGAUGGAGGGGAAUUAAACUAUGUUUGAUGUUUUAGGUCUGAAGUGACAAUAAGCUUAGGCCAAGGCUCUUAUGUGCCAUCUCGUAAUAUCGGACCCAGGCUGUAAAGAAAUCCUUUGAAGUGCUACAGAAGAAGACAACUCCUCUGUAGCUUAACUGCAGGCAACAUCUUUUCUUUCUCAGUCUGCCCUCAAAAAGCAAGACUUCUAAUUCUGCUUGUUUCCAGCCAGGUCAAACCGACCAACGUAGAAAAAUGGAAAAUUCCAGUGAGAGAAAACAAAACCUACUUUAAACCAGUUAUCAGUCUUUUAAUGGUGUUAAUUCUUUGUUCUGUCAACUUGACUAUAUCUAUAUAUUCUAUACCUAAUGAUUUAGACUCACACCCCCCAGUCUCGGUAGCAUAGGAGUCAUUGUUUCAUCUGUACGCGUUAUAUAUGGUAGAAUACCAGACCUGGCCAAAAUUCUGCCCUUGUACCUCGUUCAUGUACAGCAUCUCCAGGAAAAAAAAAAGGUGUUGAAGUAAAUUAUUUAAUAUAUUUUUAAACAGUUUUCCAUUCCUGUUCUUGUGUCCUGCAGCAUGCAUUGGCCUCACCCGAACUAUGAUCUUGUAAAUAUGUUAAAUAGAGAAGUAAAUCUACACCAACCUUAAAAACACAAAAAACAAUGCCACUGUAUAGAAAUUGUAUUAGCCUGUACAUUUCAGAGGCUGUGAAGAUCAAUUUAUUUUUAAAACUUGCAUACAAAUGUAUAUAUUUUGAUCUCUAACCCACAACUAUGAUGUGUAGGGUACAACAAAUCCUUUAACGAUUUACAGAAAACGCAGUGGUUUUAACUGUAACGUGUGUACAGCAGAGUUGUAGAUAUAUCCAAGCAGCAGCCUUUUUGUUAUUGUUGUUUAUUUCAUCACAACAACACUGUGUGAAUAUGUGUAUAUAUAUAUAUAUAAAGGAUUCACUGUUUUUGGUCUCUACCUCUUGAUCUUAGUAACUUAGCUUUGUUUGUCUCCACUCACUUAUAAAUUCACAGGGAUAUAACAUUUACAAAUGUCUAUUCAAGUUUUUCUACUGGGAUGAUCUACUGCCCCUCUGACUUAAUCAGAUCUGAUUUACUGAAUUCAUCAUGUUUUUAUUAAGAAGCCCUGCCUAUAGCCAAGGGUUACCUGACUGUUAACUUUCCCUCUUUGGUAGGAUUAGACCUUGUAGAGGAGGGAAAGUCACCGUUUCCACCACAUGUAAUCAAAGCUCCAUAUGAAGAACUUUUAAUGGAAGAAAAAUAUGGUUUAUAACAGUAUCUCAUGGGUUAUUAUUGUUUCACUUCUGUUAUUUAAAGAUGAUGAAAAUUGGACAUUUUAUUUGUGUUUUUUUUUUUUUUUUUGAAGUGUUGUAAUUAAUAUACUUGUCCAGAUGUUCCUUAUCAGAUUAUUUGAUAUUUCUAAUAUAGCUACAGAUCCGUAGGGCCGCCUCCUUUACAGUGGAGAAGUUGAAAUAUUGCAAAAUAGCUUUGAUUAAAUACAAAUGAGAUGUUUAACAUGACCUCCGGUGUUUGGAUUAAUGAACAUACUGACUGAGUAGAGGCAGAUUUCAGGUAUACAACAUUUUUUAAGAGAAACUUCUCCGGACUGGACCGUUAUUCUUUGCAGAAAUCCUCCUUUCGUACAGUGCACGUCAGGGACAAUGUGCUUGGAAACAUCCAGAAGAAAUGGAUGAAUGACCACAUUUAAAACUGGGUUUUAUUUAUUUUACAGUCCCACAGUCUUUUUAGAAAUGAUAACUGAGAAACAGGCAUGAAGACGAUAACACUUCACAGGAAUUACCAGCAUAUAAAAGUGCCUCUUAAAGUCCUCUCCGGGCACAAACUCCUGAUUUUGGAGUUUUUCCACAGGGCCACAUGAACAUGGGCAUAGAUAUAAGUUAAAGUGGUCAUUUAUUACAUGGUUUACUAACGAGAGAGAAGAGCAUGAAGCGGAGACAGUUACAUAUACAGUAUUAGUGCCAGAUGUGACUCCUAACACAUGAAUGUUGUAGAUCAGGGUGAGUUUUCAUAAACUAGCUUGCUGCGACUCCGUAAAUACAACCUCAGAUGAACAGCCAACACGCGAUGCACUGUAUUUUUAUUUUUUUUUUUUUUUAAAAGCCAAAUGCAGAAGCAGUGGAUGGAAAAUUGAGUACAUCUUUACUGUUUCCUUUGUAAUGACCUGGUUAAAUGGCCAGAAGAAUCUGAUCAACACCAGGGAGGAGAGCCCACCAGCACCAAAGCUCAUUGAUCAUUUUACAGUGAGAACAUUAACCAAUGAAAAAAAUUAUUCCAGAUCUCCCUGCAGUGCAUCAUGCAUUUUAAUGGAUUGGGUCCAUGUAACAACAUCCUCUUUAUUUGGUCAAAGUUGUUUAAGAUGGCAGUAAAUUUACUGUCAGACGCUGAAAAAGGCACUACUGAACUUUGGCAGAUUUUCUUUGGUGCGCUAUAACUACGGCUAAUUCCUCAUCCAUCUUCAUCCUGUUUCCUUUCCGAGUUCUCUCCAGCCAGUAAAAUACAGUCCUAGGUUGUCUUUAUCUCUGUCUCCAUCACUUUUUUUCUUUUCCUCCAAAAAUGUUGGGUUUCUGCUGAAUCAGCCAUGGUGCGUGUUCAAAGCAGCCAGUGUGUUGAUAUCCAGUUGCUAGCCCGUGACGCAGUACCGUAAAGGGAAAAAGCAGCCUUCAUGUGAUGCCUCGGGCUGGAAAACUAAUGGUUUCUCAGCCUCGGGGUGCAAAGACGGCUUCAGGAAUGUUCCUAAUGAAUGUUGGUGGUACAUCAGCACCAAUCAGAAGCAGAGUUUUAAGGUCCUCAAUGCAGCCAGUUCUGGCCCUUCCCUCCAUAUCUUACACCUUCUUUUUUUUCUCUCUAUCUUUGACCUCGUUCCUGUCGCGCUACUUUCACAUAAAGGUCGCUAGAGCUCCCAAAUCCUUUUUGAUGUUAAAAUAGUUUGCUCUGCUGUGGCUUUGUUCUGAGUAGCUUUUAGCGGACUCUUUUUUUCUGACUCUUCAAACUAAACCCACUCAGGCUGCUGUCUGCUGCAGGUAAGAAACAAACUACUCAUUAGUACUUCAUGCAACUCCACUUCAAUUUAAAGAAAAAAAACCCUUUAAGAGUGAAGCUUAGCGCAAGCGGUCUGCAGCCCUCAUUGGAUUUAGACAAAGCUGCAACAGUCAGGAACUGAAAUUCCUCCAAAAUGAAGUGAAAAGUGAUUAAAUCGUACUGAAAAAGAGCCAAAGAUGGUCGUACAAGAAAUCGAAUAAUCGGGUGUGGUUCAGUUUUUCUCACAGUGCUUCUGCAUUUUGGCCUUGGUUUUGUUCCAUAAAUGAUCCACAUCUCUGGUUGUAUUUACCUACCUACUUUUAAGAGUAAUUAAGGACCAGAUGGUGUAAAAUCUGGUCAUUUUUCAAAUUCAGAGAGUUAAGAGUCUUUUUUUAAACAUGACUGUAUAUGGUGGCUGAGAGAGGUCUGUACACCGGGGAAAAACAAAAAUACAAACCAAUGAAGAAAACGCCUUCACCAUUUUUAACUCAUAUUUUGACAGUUUUUAAAAUGAUUUUAUUUGUUUAAUGAAAUGUUUCAGUAACUUUACAAUUAUUUUAAAAAUGCAGAUUAAUCUAAAAAAACUGAGGACAUUAAAUUAAGAAGAGUUUAGAGACGACCGAUUUUUAUUCUGUAGAAACCAGCUGACUCAAAACUUGUUUCAUGGACAGUCAUGUCUUCAUAAAUCUGGUUUUUAAACAUCUAAACUUUGUUGGUAAAUGAAUACUGGUAGUCUACAUUUUAGGAAUUGUUAUGCAUUUUAUUAAUCCUCUUAACACAAGAAGUCACUGUAAAAUUUAAUAACCAGAAAGGACUUGUGGUUUGUAAUUCCAUGAUAAAUGGACUAUACUCCCUGGUGUUCAACAUAAAGAUACAGAUUUUUUUUCUGAAUGAUUUAAAGAUCAUGCAAUAACUGGAAAAGUAAGUUAUAUCAGUUUUCUAGAAUAUGUAAAUGGAAAUAUAUCAACAGUAGUAAUACACGGGGAGAGGUGCUGUAUGCCUGGUAGUCGUUUUGUGGAAAACAUCAACAUACUAACCACUAUGCAUGUACUCUGUAUGUUACACUGCUUUCCAUUAUUUUAAUACUACUCCUUGACUAAACACAAGUUUUCUGUUGAAUGAGUUAAAGAUGUAGUCACCAGUCUGAGUAUCGCUCUUGUUCUUUUACUUUCUUUAUCUGUUUUCUGGAAAACAGUGAGCUCCUUCAAAAUCUACAGCAAAAGUUACCACUUAUAUCCAGUAGCAUUGUGUGUGUAUGUAUGUGUAUAUAUAUAUAUAUAUAUAUACACAUACACACACACACACAUAUAUAUAUACUUGAGGUCAAGCCAAGCAGGGAAAAGGAUGGAAGGUGGGGUUGCACCACCUUUUGGUUAUAGUGAUGAUGUUUGACAGGCAUACAAACACAUGGAAGUGGAAACGAGGUGUUGUGUACUGGUCCUUUUUGCUAUCUUCUGUUAAAUAAGAACCAUGAAGAUUUGUAUUAUAACAAAUUGAAUUAAAAUGGACUGUCUUUGACUGGACUUGA